AUAAACAGAACACUGUGAACACUGAAGAUGUAAAGAUUUUGUGGGUGGAGAAAUUUAAUUAAAAGAUUUUUAAAGGAAUAACUUCAGUUUCCAUCCCUAAUUACUGGAAGUGCUCUGGUGAAAUGGCUGUGUAUCAGUGGCCUUGGGAGUACAACUUCCCUCCAUUUUUCACGGUGCAACCGCACAGCAAAACGAAAGAACAGCAACUGUCCACCUGGAGGACGCUGAUCCUCGGCUAUCAGAAGCACCAGCGGCAAGCCAUCCUGAACAUUGCCGAAGAUGGACCCCUGUUUGUGAACGAGAGCAUAUCGCGAAAGCUAUCCCCGGAGGGCCGGCUGUGGCUGCUGGAGGAACUGGUCAAAACGGGGAACGCCGCACCGGUGGACAAACGCCGCCAGCAGUGGGAAAUCUACUGGCACACGCUGGACGAGUGGGCCACGAUCGUGCACGAUUGGGCAACGGGAAACGGAAUGACCGGUACGGUUUGUACGAUCUUUGAACUGGUGGCCGGAGAUAACACCGUGGGGGAGGAGUUUCACGGACUGGACCAGGAUGUGUUCAAGAAGGUGCUGAAAGUGCUGGAGGGCAAGGGAAAGUGCGAACUGAUUGCAUUUGACGAUAACGAGGGAGUCAAGUUUUUCUAGGGCCGUGUGAUGGAAAUGGGUUGCAUGCUUGACUGUAUUUUCUCUAAUGUAAAUAUAAAAGAUCGAACGCUUGAAAGGACACCGAA